AUGGCAAAUUUUUCAUCAACUAAUAUUUUACACACUGUUUUGAAUAAACAGAGCACUUGCCUAGAAGUUGGAAAGGAAGAAUCGGAAUUUCUAGUUCCCAAAAGCCCAUUUUAUGACCGAGAAUUUCGAUUGAGUGACUUCGAGAUUGGUAGACCAUUAGGAAAAGGCAAAUUUGGUAAUGUCUAUCUGGCUCGCGUCAAAGGCAUCAAUUUUAUCGUCGCUUUGAAAAUUCUGUUCAAAUCGCAACUUAUCAAGAACAGCGUGGAACAUCAAUUACGUCGUGAAAUUGAAAUUCAAGCUCAUUUACGACAUCCUCAUAUUCUACGUAUGUACAAUUAUUUUUAUGAUGAAAAACGUAUUUACUUGAUACUAGAAUAUGCAGCUGGAGGUGAGCUUUAUAAGGAGUUGCAGAAGUGCGGCCAUUUCGACGAAGAACGUACUGCCAAGCUUAUGUUUCAAAUGGCUGAUGCACUGUCUUACUGUCACGAUAAAAAAGUUAUACAUCGUGAUAUCAAGCCUGAGAACCUACUUUUGGGCAUGUUUGGUGAACUGAAGAUUGCAGACUUUGGGUGGAGUGUUCAUGCCCCAUCUUCCAGGCGAGAAACGAUGUGCGGUACUUUGGAUUAUUUGCCACCCGAAAUGGUACGAGGAGAGAAACAUGAUGAUAAGGUCGAUCUAUGGUCACUGGGUGUUCUCUGCUAUGAACUACUUGUUGGUAGACCGCCGUUUGAAAGUAAAACUCAUGAUGAAACUUAUAAACUUAUUGCCAACGUCAAAUAUAAGUUUCCGAGUCAUGUUUCUGAAGGAGCCAAGGACUUGAUCACUAAAUUAUUGGUAAAAAAUGCCGCUGCACGCCUUCCUUUGAAAGACGUUAUGGAGCAUCCAUGGAUUCGUCAAUAUAUUUGCAAAGAAUGA